AUGGCGGUAGUUUCUCCACUGCCUCUGCUUCUGCUCAUCGUUGCCUUUGUGGCGGCGGCCCUCGCCACCCGUAGAAAGCGUCCACUUCCGCCAGGACCAAAGGGAGUCCCGCUCCUGGGCAACAUUUAUGAUGUCCCGAAGAGUCGAGAAUGGCUUGCCUAUCAGAAUUGGUCGCGCGAAUACGACUCGGAUAUCAUCUAUCUCAACCUUGCUGGGACUCCCGUCGUUGUCGUCAACUCGAUCGAUGCCGCCUACGAACUGUUUGAGAGGCGGUCAUCAUUGUACUCAGACAGGUAUCUCCAUUCACUUUGUGUACGCGACCUUGACGGCUUGCAAUCCAGGGUGGGGUGUGAUUGGCACUUCGUCUUCAUGGGUUAUGGAGACCGAUGGAGAGAGCGACGGAGAGUCUUCCAUCAACACUUUCAUCCUGCGGCGGCAUUGCAACAUAGGCCCAGAGCCUUGAAGGGGGCCAGAGUCCUUCUGAAUCGUUUGCUUGACACGCCUGAUGACUUCAUGGGCCAUCUCCGCCACAUGGCGGGUUCUUUGAUCAUCGGUGUCGCUUAUGGACUAGAAGUCCAACCAAAAGACGACCCCUUUGUGGCGACUGCGGAACGUGCUCUCCAUGCUAUAGCAAUGGCAGGGAACGCCGGUUCGUUUCUCGUGGACUCGAUUCCAAUACUGAGAUAUGUCCCUACCUGGUUUCCUGGAGCGGAGUUCAGGCGAAAGGCUAUCGAGUGGAAGAAAUCAACGACAGCCAUGGUCGAGGUGCCCUUCAAAGCUGUCAAGAGAGCCAUAGCUGACGGCAUGGCCACACCAUCCAUGAUUGCUUCUUUACUGAGCACCCUCGACGAAAGCGAUGAUAGCACAGAUCUAGAGAAGCUAUACAGUGGAGUCGCAGCAGCUGCCUACACCGGCGGUUCCGACACGACUGUUUCCGCCCUAGGAUCGUUCUUCCUUGCGAUGAUUCUAUACCCCGAUAUUCAACGCAAGGCUCAAGCAGAGUUAGAUCGUGUCAUAGGCAACGAUCGCCUUCCUGAAUUCUCCGAUCAGCGCUCCUUGCCAUAUAUUUCCGCCGUUGUGCAGGAAGUGUUGAGAUGGCGUCCAGUGACACCUUUGGCUGUCCCUCAUCGUCUUACUUCGGAGGACGAGUUCCAUGGCUAUCGACUGCCCGCAGGCGCCAUCGUGGUCGGUAACGGGUGGGCGAUGUUGCACGAUGAAAAACGCUUCCCGAGCCCGGAAGAGUUUAUUCCCGAAAGGUUCCUCACUCCAGAUGGCCAGUUGAACGACAAGAUGAAGGAUGCGGAGCUCCCGGCCUUUGGGUUCGGUAGACGGAUAUGUCCAGGACGAUAUCUCGCUUGUGCCUCGUUGUGGAUCUCGGUCGCGUCAGUACUGUCGACCAUGGAGAUCCAUAAACCUCUGGACGACAGAGGCACUCCCAUUGAACCAUCCGAAGAGUAUACCACAGGUCUCGUUACAUACCCGCUGCCGUUCAAGUGCGGCUUUAAGUCACGUUCUAAGGCCGUCGAGGACUUAAUCCGCGCGGCAGCGUUCCAAUUGGAUUAA